AAAUUUAUUCAUUGCUUAUUAGAAAUUUUAAUAUACCAGCCCACUUAAUUCAGAAUCCCAUGUGCGUGGCGAUCCCUCAUCUCCCACUGAAUCGCCGCAGUUUGAUGCCUCUUGAUAAGAAAACGAAUCAAACCGGUUGCUGGCCAACUGACUGAUGCCAAGAUGCUGCCUGAUUUUGGCUGAUUGCCGUCUGGCUAAAACAAACGGCCAGCUGUCGGCAAUCGGGAACCGAUCGUCGCGGAGAACACAACGCUCGUGGAGAAUGACGGCCAAGAUGAAGUUGCGGUCCCAGCUGCAUCUGCUCACUGGUUUCAUGGCGGGAUUCGUGCUGGCCUUCGUGCUGCUCCUCUACGUCUACGAUGUCAGCAGGGUGACGCCCUGCUGGAGCAGCACCUCCACCAUGUCCACGGCCACAACGGCUAGGAUUGAGGAUGAUCCACCACCGCGUGUUCUGUGCAUGGUGCUCACCUGUCCCGAGAACGUGCAGAGCCUGGCCAGGAGUGUCUACGAGACCUGGGGCCGGCGCUGCAGCCGCCUGAUCUUCGCCAGCAGCGAGGACUACGAGCCGCUGGGCGUGGUCGGGGUGGUGGAGCCAGCAGGCGGUGGCUACGAGGAUCUGUGGAACAAAACGCGCGAGGGAUUCCGCCACGUUUGGGAGCACUACGCUGGCGCCUACGAUUGGUUCCUCAAGGCGGACGACGAUACGUACGUGGUCAUGGAGAAUCUGCAGCACCUGCUCCGUGGCUUCGAUCCGGAUACGCCCGUCUUCUUUGGCUACAAGAUGUCGCGAUACAAUGUGAGUUAUAUGUCUGGCGGAGCUUCGUACAUUCUGAGUCGUCAGGCACUCCAAAGAUUUGCAACACAAGCCUAUGAAUCUGAGGUGAUUUGCCCGCAGCCGAAAAGGAUGGGCAUCGAGGACUUUUACAUGGGAAUUUGUAUGCAGAAUGUGGGCGUCCACUUCGUCGACUCCACACAGGCUUUGGAUGGAGACAUGAAGCCAAAGUUUAUGCCCCUGGAUCUGGAGAACUACAUGUCGGAUGCGAACUACACCAUUCCGGAGUGGCUGCGCCUCAUGAGUCUAUCUCGAGUUGAAACGGGCUUGGCAUGCUGCUCCAACUACUCGGUGGCCUUUCAUUAUGCCAGUCGAGAACGCAUGUUACUCUACGAGUUUCUAAUCUAUCAUCUGAAAGUUUUCGAUUCUAACCAGAUUUCAGAACGCGGACACAGAAGUCUAUUAACUUUAUCUGAUUUAAAGAGAAGAUUUCCACUGGAAGAUAACUCCAAUAUAAAAGACUUGCUGCAAAUGUCUGAGAAACCUGAUAAUUUUUAGAUGCUUAUUCGUGUUAUUUGGCUUAAGUUAUUACGAUUGUGAUAUGAACUAAUGAAUAUAUUUAUGAUAUUUUUGUUAAACUA